AUGAGUCACCAAACACAGACCAAAAUCUCCUUGGACGAGCGAUAUAAGAAGCUAAGCGAUGAGGUGACCGCCGUUAAAAGGCGGCAUCGAGCUCGCGGCUCAUUUUACGAUCCAUUCUGGGACCGAGACUUUGAAGUCGAACGCAUCGAACUAAAAAGGUUGAGACUUAGACGACUGAUAUCUCUCCGGGAUUUUCCUAUGGAAAACCCCAAGUGGGAGAAGACCACUGAAGCGCAGAUCUUGCUUGAACAACUCAAGGCCCAAGAGGCACACUAUAACUGCCUUAAGCAGCUCGUUUGA